UUCGAUGUUUGCGUUACACCUAGUGUCCCGAAGGGAGUGUUUUGUCGGACAUGUGCUUAGGAGUUACCACUCGCAAAAAAGGAUUAGUGACUACCUUACAAAUGGCUACUUUUCGGAAAUUCUUCCAAAUAAGAGUGAAAAAUACUUGUUAGACCUUGAAACGACCGGAAACUUCUCUGUUUAUUCUGGAUUCGAUCCUACAUGUGACAGCCUACAGUUGGGAAACCUUGUGGCUGUUUGUGGUUUGCUUCGUUGUCACUUAUCUGGCAAAGAUAUAGUUGCAGUUGUUGGUGGAUCUACUAGUAUCCUGGGUGAUCCUACUGGCAGAACUAAAAAACGUGAAUACCAAUCCUUGGAACAGUAUGCUUCCAAUUCUAGUCUCAUAGAGCACAAUCUGAAUCAGAUAAUCCAUAAUUACUGGACACAAAUUGUCCCAGCAUUAUCGAUCUCUGGAAAGCUAGGUUCAGUUAAUGUCGUUAACAAUUCCGAUUGGCUGACUCACAAAAAUGUGGUGGACGUUUUGUGCGAAGUUUUGCCGCACUUCAAGUUGUCUGAAUUAUUGGAAAAAGAAAGCGUUAAAAUAAGAAUGGAAAGUGGAAAUACUAUGGAUCUUGGGGAAUUUUUUUAUCCAAUCGUACAAGCAAUAGACUUCCUAUACUUACAUGAAAGGUUUAAUUGUUAUGUGCAGGUUGGUGGGCAUGAUCAGAUCGGCAACAUAACUUGUGGAUUGAACCUCAUCUAUCGCAAACUUGGUCGGCGUGCUUUUGGCUUAACUGUUCCUCUGCUGACUACCCCAGAUGGUCAGAAAUUAGGAAAAUCUGUUCCCAACUCGGAGUGUGGAAUGGAUACUAUAUGGUUAAUGAGUGAAAAACUGAAACCUUACAAUUUCUACCAAAAGAUUUUAAAUUUGCCUGAUAGUAUUAUUUCCGAUAAACUGGUUCGUCAGUUGACCUUCUUUGGACCUGAGGAAAUAGAUCAAUUGUUAACUAACCAUAAAAAGCAUCCUAAUCGUCGUAUAGUUCAAAAGGCUCUGGCAAAAGAACUCACUUUACUAGUUCAUGGAGUCUAUGCUUUACAAGCUUCAGAACUUGCAACUCGAAUAUUUUUUCCUAUGAGUUCUGUAAAUUGCCCGAAUGAUAGCCUGCCAGUUGAUAAAACCAGUCUGGAAAUAAUUCAAAAUGAACUUAGUAGUUCAGAACGUAACUAUCUCUUCUCCUGCUUGAAACCAUCUGCACAAUUUCUGCCAGUUAUUUAUCCCAAAGAUUUCACUGAUUCUUUGAAAAGAUCUGGAAAUGAUUAUAGUCAACUUUUAGAAAGUGUUUUAGAUCUAAUUAUGCUGACCUCAAACUUUAAAGAUCGAUCUGAAGCUUUACAAACAUGUUUCAUGAGAGGUGUUGUACUAAAUAAUGUUAACCUUUUAAAGAAGGGCAAUAAAUUUGAAAUGUCACCUGAAAAUAUACAAGCAGCAUUUAGCAGAUUUGAUCAAACCACCGGUUUAGGUAUCCUACGACUAGGUAAGUUAGCCUUUUGUAUAUGUGUAUAAAUUAUUCUAUUUCCUUACUAAGUUAAUCUAUCUCACUGUUAUCUUUUGUUUACUUUGAGGGGCUUUGGCUUUGAUAUUUAUGCCCUCAACAUGCAAUCAACAAAGAUAACCGCAUAAGGUGUUCAGUCUGCAUAUAAUAUACUCGUUAUUUUGUAUUAUAUGAACAUGUAACUGAUAUACUAUUUUAUUGUUUUGUUGCUCAUAUUUUAUUCAUCGAAUUUCGCACCGGAAGUGUCCUUCCAUCACAGACUUUUAGAAAUAUCAAAUAAAGAGAGUAAAUGAGUGUGUACAAGUAUAAUAGAUUCCGAGUACUGUUAUUUUAAGCUACGAGCUGCGGACUCCUGGAAUCUUGUAUAUAUUAACUUAAACACCUGCAAUUCAUCUCAUUUAGAUAAACAGUGAAUUAUUUCAACGAUCGUGUCGCCUUUUGGUUUAAUCAACUUUCAGUUCAAAUGAGAAUCUUCUAUGGUACUAUUUAAUUACUGAACUUUUAUAGCUUUCAUUAAUUAAAUUUCAAGCUGAAUACAUCUUUUUUCAAUAAUAUCUGGGUACUAACAUAACUGUUGAUUACUUUUUAAUUAAAUCACACAAGCGACUACACAUAUUGAGAUAGUUGUCUCAUUUCGCACAGUUACCCAACACAUCGCCACAUUCUGUACUUGACCGUUAAAAGGAAAGCUAGCCUGUUAAUGACAUUAUUGACAGGAUACACUAAUACAUGAUGAUCAAAUAUUUUAAAUCUAUGCAGAGUUUCUAUCAGCGACCAUUUUCUUCAACUGGUUGCUACAUAUAGUAGCUACUUAAGAAUAAGUGCAAAGGGUAGGUUUAUAUGUACUAUGUUUAAAAUAUCUGGCUCACGAUUUAAUAUUCAGUUUAGGCUUUAUCUGCCGAUCAGUUAAAAGUCAAGUUGAAUAGUUCCGUAACUGUGUACUUUUCAUUCCUUGUUUGAUUGUCGUUUCAUUUUGUUAUUUGUAGGUAAAAAUGAACAUUGGUUUGUUGCAACUAAAUCGAAUUUCACUCAAUAGACUCUUUCUAAAAUGUAUAGUUGUAAUGUAACAUGUGUGUAUUGUAAAUGUGUAAAAAUUGUUCAUUGUUAUUUCCGACAAGUUAUAAGUUUCGUUUACCUCUGCUUGUGAUGAUUACAAUUUCUUAAAAAUGAACUUAGUGUGCAUAUGGCUGUA